UAGAAACGAUCAGAUGCUUAUGAAGAUAUUAUUACAUUACACAAAGAAGAGUAAAGUGUCGCCAGCGUUCCUAGAGGGGUGGAGGCAUUAUAAGAAAAUUGGACUACCCCCUAUCUCGGAAGGAAGAACGAACCUUGUUGCUGACAGAAUGUCCGAGCCUCCACCUACACCAGAUAGCAGCAUCGGUCUGAUGGACUCGUCCAAGAGUGCCAGCAAUAUCAGAGCGUCCUCAUCAAAUUUAGAGGAUCCUCCACUUACAGACAGAACCUCAAGAAUGUCGCACAGAUCAAGCACCAGUAAGAUCUCAAUAGUUGAUGGUGAGAUACAAAGGUCAAGUCAGGCGUCGCGGCACUCAAUCGUUCAAAGUGAAAUGCAAGUGCCGGCAAUUGAUAUAACUAUGCAACAGGAAGGUACCGCUACUGCUGAGGCAUAACACCACUAAAUAA